AUGGCCUUUCUUGGAGCAGAAGCGCUGUCUGUAUAUCGACAUCGACAUGCCAAUAUUAACGAUAUUAUCCUGCGGGAUCUUGUUACUGCCGGCGUUCCAGGUGUACGUGAACCCAAUGGUCUGGUGCGAGAAGAUGGGAAGAGACCGGACGGUAUGUCGUUACUGCCAUGGAAGAUGGAUAAGCCUUUCGUGUGGAACGCAACCUGCGUCGACACCCUUGCGUAA